AUGCCGGACUGUCCGGACAGCGGGGCCAAAGGGCCCCCUCUCCCUUCGAAAAUCUCCUUUUCCAUCCUCGACAUCCUGGAUCCGCAGAAAUUCAACCGGAAAAGCCCGUCGGCGGCUGGGGGGCGGGAGAACGAGCCACGGGCGCGGGGAGACCGGGGGAAAAGUUUGGGAAGAGUUGAACUGGAACCCGAGCGCCGAAGGAGCAAGGUCGAAGCUUCUUCGCAGGAUGUAAACUUUGAUGGAGAAAGAGGAGAAAGUGAUACAGCCACCCUGGAGGCAUCUGAACAAGAAGAAUCAGACCGGGAGAGGAACCACCUCACCCCGGUGGGGAGACCUGCUUCCCUCCACUCCCUUGAUUUCCCUCCCUCUUCCUCUUCCUCGGACCUGGAUGAACCCAACUCACCAAGAUUAUCCAAACGGCGCCGAGUGGAGCCCAACUGUGCCAAGCCUCGACGAGCCAGGACAGCCUUUACCUACGAGCAGCUUGUGGCUCUGGAGAACAAGUUCAGGGCUACACGAUACCUGUCCGUGUGUGAACGCCUCAACCUAGCUUUGUCUCUCAGCUUGACGGAGACGCAGGUCAAAAUCUGGUUUCAGAACCGAAGGACAAAGUGGAAGAAACAAAAUCCCGGAAUUGAUGGCCUGAUCCAACCAGGAAACAACAACGCUGUGACCCCAGCAGCAGGAAGUAGCAGUCCCAGCCCACCAGGGCCUAGCUCCUUGGCCUACCAGACUUUCUCAUCUUAUGCCUCGGCCAAUCUUCUCUUUCCAACGGCAGCUUCCUUUCCCUUGGUGGCUGCUGCAGCAGCAGCAGGAGGAGGGGCCUUCCCUUCCUUCCUUCGCCCUGCUUAUCUGACUCCAUUUUAUAACCCUCACCUCUAGAAGGAUCAGCACCCAGAUCAGCCUUCCUCAAUUGGACAGCCUACAAGAAUGGCUGAGGAUAACGGGAAUAGAGUUGAUACAACUGGAAGGUCCCUUAGAUGGGGGAACAUCUGCCACGUUAUGUUUUCUCUACUUCUUACAUACAUUCAUCUCUUCUAAUACUAACUUGAUGAUGCCACCAUUACCUAGUUCUAGGUGUUUUGAGUGUUGUGAUGGGGAAACAUUAAAAGAAGGCUCCUCUAAUCUCCCCCUCCCCAACAUUUUUUGAGAAAACACACAACUGCAGUUUGAAUCUAUGAAAUCCUUUUGGAAGUAGAUUAAUUUAAUUUAGGAGUAUGGAUUUAUUUAAAAAAUGGAACCAGAGCUGCUAUACCGUUCAGUAUUUGGUAUUUAUAUGAUUGUUGAUCCCUAAUCUAUCAAGUAUGAAAGAAGGCACAGAUCCUGUGGAUUUAAUAGUCAACAAGAGUGUCCAGUUCCAGUUCUCCUCCUGUAAUUUAAUGUCCUCUGAUGCACUGAACCAGGCAACAUUUGUUCCCACCUGUGUUAAAUGUGCUAUAUGCUAAAGCAAGCUGUUUUUCCCAGGGGCCAUUGCUGCAUGACUUUACUUGACUUUGAAGUCAUUCCAAAAAGUACAGGAUAUGUGUUAUUGUGGAAUAUGCAAAAUGUAGAUUGGAAAUGAAGGCAAUAUUUUAAUAAAAUGUGUAUUGUACUAUAUUCUCUUAUAUUUUAAAGCAUCUGUUCUUGUGGUGGGCG